AUGUUGUCGCUUAAGUUGGAACUUAUUAUUCUUCUUUCCCUGAAUUGCUGUUAUUUGAGCACAGGAAUUCCAAUUUCGACUACUUUCUUCAUCCGAGAUGAAUUAAGUGACGUAAUCUUUCAACAUGCUUUCUUGGAACAAACAGGAAUUCGAAAAGAUUCAGACUGCGCCUUUUUAUGCCUAUCUUCUGGAAACUGUGCCUCGUUCCAGAUUCACGAACAACUAUUGCUUUGUCGUCUUUACUGGACACACUUUUUACUUGACGCCAUCGGUAGCCCCUCAGCAGGUCCCUGCAAUAGAGGAUACUUCUACACGAGAAUGUUUCAGUAUUGUUUCCGGUAUGCUGGACACACAUUCAGUAAGAACACAGCGUUUGACACAUGUAACGACAGAAACGAAACACUACUAAAAAUAGAUUCGACAGAAGAGAACCUUUUUGUCAGCAGCUUAGCUUAUUCAUUCAUUAAUAAUACCCUGGGAUCAAGAAGUUUCGAGAUGAUAAUAGAUGGAGAAAGAUUGUCAGGUGGAACUUGGAACUCUUUAUUUGGGAAUAACGAGAUUUUGACUUUCACGAAUUUUCCCGCGACUGAUGUUGCGAGUGUAAAUGAAAGAAUAGUGAUCACUCCCCCCACUAACGGCGAACUUAAAGGGUACGAAUGGAAAUCCGUCUCACUGUUAAGUAAUCAACGUACGACCAUUUGUCGAUAUUAUCCAUAAUUUGUGUAUUUUUGGUAUUUAUGACAAAUGAUAAAAAUAAUAUACCGAUACAGACUGAAGAAAAGUCCAAUAAAGCACAGGCGCAUCCGAGUAUGUAUAAGGUGUUGUUUAAAUCCUUUGAAGUGGUCCCAAUACAAACAUUUAUUCCUUCUAUAAUUAUAUAUGGGUAUGCGUUCGAACAACAAUAUUGUUGUUUGCAUAUUAAAAAAAACUCGUGAUCAAAAAGCGAUCCUGGCAUCGAAUAAUCUCUGUUUUAAUAACAUAUUGAUUCUAAUUGCUACAUUUCAAUAAUUACAAGAAGAGCAUCUUUCUAAAUGUAAAACGAGUCAAAAGAUAGUUUAAUUAAAUCUUUAUAUGGUGUAUGUUCCUCUAAAGAAUUUUCCACUCAUAUGCGCCUGUGGAGAACUGCAAUUUUGUUUACCUAUUUGAAGGCUUUUUUUCGUGAAAGCACCUAUGCGACCUAAGUGACCACGGUUUAUUCGGUAGGAUGCACCAUGGCUCCUGAUCCCACGUCAGAUGUUUGGGAGGUCCAUGUUUGCUCUGCUACUACUUUGUACUGUUUGCGGACUUUUUGAUCUUGAAUACUGUUCGUUAUCACCAUCUUUCAUGAAACCGGUCGACAGGGGGUGUGAAAUUGACAUUUUUCCAGAUGCAGACGUUCCUAAUCUGUGUUGUUCCAUCUGAGCUUGAUUACUGUUGGUUGUCUUCAUAUUUCACGAAGAAAAAAAAAUAA